AUGAGGAAUCUACAAAGAGCUGUGGUCGCAAGACCUGUGUCUGUCUCGUCGCUAUUCCGAAGAAGCAUUUUCGCGGCCAGACGCUCGAUUUCGCGUCCAUUUUCGCAACAAUUUGGCCCCGCAAGCCAGGUCCCAGGGACCGACCAAGACGAUGAAGAGCCGCCGAAAUCCUCGAAGCCGGCAUCAGAGCCACAGGGUCGUGUGGGCUCUAGCAUGUAUAGGGCCUUUGAGGCGGCGCUGACAACAUUUGCAUCGAUUGCCGUUCUUGGAUUCGCUGGUUACUCGUAUCACGUCUACUACAAAGCCCUGGUGCUGCGCAAGAUCGAAAAGGCCUUUGCGCCAGGCGAUCCGAUGCUUGAACUUGCGUCACCAGCAGAACCCCAGCCCCCUCCUCCAGAAGACGAAACCGACCACUGGAUAGCACGACCCGAACAGACCAGGAUCAACGCCAUCAUUAACGGGGAAUCAAAGGGCAGAUAUUAUCUGCUUGUUGGUGAAAAGGGCACGGGAAAGUCUUCGAUGCUACUAGAAGCAAUGAAGGAGGGAAAUGGGGAGGGGGUCUCCAUGUUUGAAGCUCAUGCCGACCAGGAAAUCUUCCGCAUUCGACUCGGAAAGGCUCUGAACUAUGAGUUUCACGAGGAUUACAUCGGGUCUUUAUUUUCAAUUCGCGGCCCGCGAGACACCACCGCGCUACUUGACAUUGAGCGAGCAUUCAACAAGCUGGAGAAAGUCGCGCUGGCAAACAGAAAUCGGAAGGGCCACGCCGGGCGGAAAGGCCCUCUCAUUCUCAUCGUCAAUUCGGCGCAUCUGAUCCGCGACAAUGACGACGGGAACGAUCUCAUCGAACUGAUGCAGCAGCGAGCCGAACAGUGGGCCGCCGCCAAUCUCAUCACUAUGAUUUUCAACUCCGACGACUUCUGGGUCUAUGAGCGCCUCAGACGGUACGCUACCAGAAUGGAGGUUAUUCCGAUCCUGGACCUCCCAAAGACUCGCGCCAUCGCGGCCUUGGAAAGAUAUCGUGCCAAAUACUUCCCAGAACAGAAACGUGAUCCCGAAAUACUCAAGCAGGUCUACGACCUGGUGGGGGGCCGGCUCAAUUUUCUGAACCGGGUUGCCAAAAGCUCCGACAUGUUGAAAAUGUGUCGACAAAUCAACGAAGCGGAGAAGACGUGGUUCUUGAACCAAUGCGGGAUCCUGGGCGAGGAAAUGGACGACGACGUCAUGGAUCAGCAGAAAUAUGCCAGCGCGGCUAUGGUGCUGGCAAAGGCGCUGGUGGAUAGAGAAAAGGACAUGGAUUCGAGCUACGACGAUGAGCAUGGGCAUAUUUUGCCACAAAUUCCUCUCUACAUCGCUCGCCAAAUCAUGACUCGAGCAGAUUUCAUCCAGAGCUACGACCAUGAUAACAUUUUCACCAUCGACAGCAGUGCCAUGGUUCGGGCGGACAGCGUGCCCAUGAUGAACGCUUUCAAGGCGAUUUGUGCGGAACCUGGAUUUGACGAGUAUCUGGACGCCACGCUUGACCGAAUCUCGGCCAUUGAAAGCAUCAACAGAACCAAGGAAUUGACCUUUAAAGAUUUAUGGUUUGAACAGAAAGGGGAACAAAGAGGCAAAUACUCUUUUGUGACAAAAGAUGCUCGCGGUCGUGAGACCGGCACCAUUGAAAUGAGAGUCCAUCCAGAUGACCCACCCAAGGAAGACGACGAUUAA